AUGGAGUUUCAAGCACAGGAGAUUGUGGCAAAGGCAAAGGAAGACUUAGAGGAAUGGGCCAUUACCAUGAAAGAGAAAGAGAAGAGAACCACACUGAACAUACAGCAAGCAAGACAAAGAGGAUGGCUACCACCUCUAGAAAGAGUGCUAAAAUGUAAUGUUGAUGGAGCAUGGAGGAUGGACGGUACAAUCUCUGGUAUCGGAUGGCCACGGAAGCAGAGGCCCUCAGAUGGGCUUUAA